CCCAAGUCUCGUGGCAGUUUUUCCAGCGGAUGCAAAGCAGCCAACAGGUCGUCGAAGGGGUCUCUCUCUCUCUUUUCAGCCUUCAAGUCGUUCACUCACUCGACCUUUGAAUCAAAAUGGGUGCCUACAAGUACCUCUCCGAGCUCUACACCAAGAAGCAGUCGGACGUUCUUCAGUUCGUGUCUCGAGUCCGAUGCUGGGAAUACCGACAACUCGCCGUCUGUCACCGAGCGUCUCGACCCUCUCGACCUGACAAGGCCAGGAGAUUGGGAUACAAGGCCAAGCAAGGAUACUUGAUCUACCGAAUCAGAGUCAGGAGAGGAAACAGGAAGAGGCCAGCGCCCAAGGGUGCUACCUACGGAAAACCCGUCCGACAGGGUAUCGCUCAAUUGAAACCUCAGCGAGGUCUCAAAGCGACUGCCGAGGAGAGAGUUGGAAGGAGGUGUGGAAACUUGAGAGUGCUCAACUCAUACUGGGUCAACCAAGACGGAGUCUACAAGUACUUUGAAGUCAUCCUUGUCGACCCCUCGCACAAGGCCAUUCGCCGAGACCCUCGAAUCAACUGGAUCUGCAACCCCGUUCACAAGCACCGAGAAUCCCGAGGACUCACUGCCGAAGGCAAGAGGAACAGGGGAUUGGGCAAAGGAUCCAAGUACAACCAUACCCCUGCCCGAGCCACCUGGAGGAAACACAACACCCUCUCUCUCCGACGAUACCGUUAAUCACCUUCGUGAUUUCAUCAGAGGUGCUUGGGUCGUGUGUCAGCUUUCACGAGGAGGACGAAGAGGAGGAGGUGUGUACGAGCUACGAUCGCUAU